AGCGCGGCGCUCGGGGAUCAGCUGGCGGGCGGGCGGGCGCCGAAGCGGCCCCGGCUCUGCGGCAGCGCCGCCUCCUUCGUGUCGCAGGCCGGCGGCCGUGGCCAUGUCGCGGGGCUGGUAGCUGGGCUCGCCGCCGAGCGGCCGCUAGUGGGUGUCCGGGGCCCGGGGCGGGGGUCCGGGCAGGGGUCCGGUGCGUUUCCAGGGCUUUCCCGAAGAAAAUGCACGCAGCGUUUCCUCUGGAUGACGGCCUGUGCUUUCCCUAGGACCCGGCAGUUAGGCUCUGGAGUGUGUUACUGAUUCAUCCUCUCUCUGCCUCUGUCAUCGCAGGUUUAAACUUAAACGAUCGCUCCCCGAGGAGGAGGGGACCCGCCGCGCGAUUGACAGUCUAUUCCUGCAGGCGCCGUCCCUCAGCCCCCACCCCACGGCCGGAUUCCCGGGGCUCUGCUCAGGGCUGAAACCGGAGAAGAAAUCCUUAGAUCUCUUUUCUUUACAACAAAUACGAACCUAGAAACCAUCGGCAUUUUGCCUUGGCAUUUCAUAUUGGAAAGAUGAAGAAGUUUUUCGACUCCAGGCGGGAGCAGGGGAGCUCUGGCCUGGGUUCAGGCUCCAGCGGAGGAGGGGGCAGCAGCUCAGGCCUGGGCAGUGGUUACAUCGGAAGGGUCUUCGGCAUCGGGAGGCAGCAGGUCACCGUGGACGAGGUGUUGGCGGAAGGUGGAUUCGCUCUUGUCUUUCUGGUGAGAACAAGCAAUGGGGUGAAAUGUGCCUUGAAACGUAUGUUUGUCAACAAUGAACAUGACCUCCAGGUGUGCAAGAGGGAGAUCCAGAUCAUGAGAGACCUAUCAGGGCACAAGAACAUUGUGGGCUACAUUGAUUCUAGUAUCAACAAUGUGAGCAGCGGCGACGUCUGGGAAGUUCUCAUUCUCAUGGACUUCUGCAGAGGAGGCCAGGUGGUAAACCUGAUGAACCAGCGUCUCCAGACAGGCUUCACAGAGAAUGAAGUGCUGCAGAUAUUCUGUGACACCUGUGAAGCUGUGGCCCGCCUGCAUCAGUGCAAAACUCCCAUUAUCCACCGGGACCUGAAGGUUGAAAAUAUCCUCUUGCAUGACCGAGGCCACUAUGUCUUGUGUGACUUUGGAAGUGCCACCAACAAAUUCCAGAAUCCACAGGCCGAGGGAGUCAAUGCAGUAGAAGAUGAGAUUAAGAAAUACACAACGCUCUCCUAUCGAGCCCCAGAAAUGGUCAACUUGUACAGUGGCAAAAUCAUCACUACGAAGGCAGAUAUUUGGGCUCUAGGCUGUUUGUUGUAUAAAUUAUGCUACUUCACUUUGCCGUUUGGGGAGAGCCAGGUGGCGAUUUGUGACGGAAGCUUCACAAUUCCUGAUAACUCUCGUUAUUCUCAAGAUAUGCACUGCCUUAUUAGGUAUAUGUUGGAACCAGACCCUGACAAAAGGCCGGAUAUUUACCAGGUUUCAUACUUCUCAUUUAAACUACUCAAGAAAGAAUGCCCCGUUCCAAAUGUACAGAACUCUCCCAUUCCUGCAAAACUUCCUGAACCAGUGAAAGCCAGUGAAGCAGCUGUGAAAAAGACCCAGCCAAAGGCCAGACUGACCGAUCCCAUUCCCACCACAGAGACUUCAAUCGCACCCCGCCAGAGGCCUAAAGCUGGGCAGACUCAGCCAAACCCAGGCAUCCUUCCCAUCCAGCCAGCCCUGACUCCUCGGAAGAGGGCCACUGUUCAGCCCCUACCUCAGGCUGCAGGACCCAGCAAUCAGCCUGGACUUCUACCCAGUGUUUCCCAACCUAAAGCCCAAGCCACACCCAGUCAACCUCUUCAGUCAUCUCAACCCAAGCAACCACAAGCUCCACCCACCCCACAGCAGACACCUGCUACCCAGACACAAGGUUUGCCCACCCAGGCCCAGGCCACUCCCCAGCACCAGCAGCAACACCUCCUCAAGCAACAGCAGCAACAGCAGCAACAGCCUCAGCAGCCUACAGCACCACCACAGCCUGCAGGCACCUUUUACCAGCAGCAGCAGCAACAGCAGCAGCAGCAGGCUCAGACUCAGCAGUUUCAGGCAGUACAUCCAGCAGCCCAGCAACCAGUCACUGCUCAGUUCCCUGUGGGGUCCCAGGGAGGUGCUCAGCAACAGCUGAUGCAGAACUUCUACCACCAGCAGCAACAGCAGCAGCAGCAGCAGCAGCAGCUGAUGGCUCAGCAGGCUGCCCUGCAGCAGAAGACUGCUGUGGUAGUACCACAGUCUCAGGCACAGCCCGCCACAGCCCCACAGGCAGCUGCUGCCCAGGAGCCUGGGCAGAUUCAAGCCCCAGUGAGACAACAGCCAAAAGUUCAGACCACUCCACCUCCAACCAUCCAGGGACAGAAAGUUGGAUCUCUCACUCCUCCAUCAUCACCCAAAACCCAACGUGCUGGGCACAGACGGAUUCUCAGUGAUGUAACCCACAGUGCAGUCUUUGGGGUUCCUGCCAGCAAAUCAACCCAGCUGCUCCAGGCAGCUGCAGCUGAGGCCAGUCUCAAUAAAUCUAAGUCUGCAACCACCACUCCCUCAGGCUCUCCACGGACUUCACAGCAGAAUGUCUCCAAUGCUUCAGAAGGCUCCACAUGGAAUCCUUUUGAUGACGACAACUUCUCCAAACUCACAGCUGAAGAGCUGCUAAACAAGGACUUUGCCAAGCUUGGGGAAGGAAAGCUGCCUGAGAAGCUUGGUGGCUCUGCAGAGAGUUUGAUCCCAGGCUUCCAGCCAACACAAGGAGAUGCCUUCACCACUCCUUCUUUUUCUGCUGGAACUGCUGAAAAAAGGAAGGGGGGCCAGGCUGUGGACUCUGGCAUCCCACUUCUAAGUGUGUCUGAUCCCUUCAUUCCUCUUCAAGUACCUGAUGCUCCAGAAAAACUAAUCGAGGGACUCAAAUCUCCUGACACUUCUCUUCUGCUCCCUGACCUCUUGCCUAUGACAGAUCCUUUUGGCAGCACUUCUGAUGCUGUUAUUGACAAAGCUGAUGUUGCUGUUGAGAGUCUCAUACCUGGACUGGAGCCACCUGUUGCUCAGCGCCUCCCAUCUCAAACGGAAUCUGUGACCUCGAACCGCACAGACUCUCUCACGGGGGAAGACUCUCUGCUUGACUGCUCUCUGCUUUCUAACCCUACUGCUGGCCUUCUGGAGGAGUUUGCCCCCAUAGCACUCUCUGCUCCCACUCAUAAAGCUGCAGAAGAUAGCAAUCUCAUCUCAGGUUUUGGUGUUGCUGAGGGCUCCGAAAAGGUGGCAGAAGAUGAGUUUGACCCUAUUCCUGUACUAAUUACCAAAAACACACAAGGUCUCCAGAGAGAUCCCAGUCCUUGUCCUGUAAUUACUGUAGAGCACUUUAAAGAAUCCAUGGGCACCAAAGGCCUUCCCCUCUACCCAGAUCCCUGCAGAGCUCCUGGCACAAAGACUCAGAACACCUUAGCAUCUGAUUCUCUGGCCCGAGAGGGUCCUUCCAGCAACAGCUCCUUCCACAGCAGUGAGGAGGAGGGGACUGACCUGGAGGGGGACAUGCUGGACUGCAGUGGGUCUCGGCCUCUCCUGGAGUCUGAAGAGGAGGACGAGAACUGCCGGCCUCUCCAGGAGAAGCUGGGAGAAGCCGCCCUGUUCUCUGAAUCUGGAGUGUGCACUGAGCCAGAAGAAAGGGGACAAGGCGGGAAAAAGAGCCAGUUCUUGCCAAUCAACCAGCGAGCCUCAGACGAUCUUGGGGAGCCUGAUGUCUUUGCCACAGCCCCCUUCAGGAGCUCUCUGGUUCCAGCAGACGACGUGGACAUUUUCUCCAAAGCCCCUUUUGUUUCCAAGGGCAGCGUAGCGCCUUCCCAGAUGGAUGAAGUAGAUGUGUUCUCCAGAGCUCCUUUUACCAAGAAGAGGAGCAUGGAGGAGUUCCUGGCUGUGCAGGGCUCCUCACAGGAUUUGCCGAUGCAGGCAAACCUCAGUCAGUCCAACGAAGGGCCCCUACUUGCAGGCCGAGAUAGAGCCAUUUACACCCCUGCACAGGCGCAGUAUCCUAUGACUGGCUUUGCACCGCAGGCUGGUCUCCCCUCCCACUCUGUCCAGGUGGCAGACCAUUUUGAUGGCAACUCUCCCAGGGGGUCUCCUAUGAGCUCUGGGGGCCAUCCUGUUGACAGAAACAGAGGACUGCAGCCCCAGAAAGAAGCCUUCUCAGGCCCAGCAGCUGGCAAGCCAUUCCACCCCCAGGCUUUAUCCAAAUAUUCUCGACACUAUAGCCCAGAAGAUGAGCUAAGUGCAGAAGCCCAGCCCAUUGCUGCCUACAAGAUUGUUUCACAAAGCAAUAAGCAGCUGCUAGCUGGCUCUGUGUCUGUCACAUCCCUGUCCUCCAGGACUACAGAGCUGGCCACUGCUGAUCCUUUUGCUUUAGCCCCCUUUCCUUCAAAAGCAGGCAAACAGAAACCCUAGGAGCAGAGACGAGCCUGAGGCCUGCCUCCACCCACCCCACCAGCACCCACCACACCACUCCUGGCUGGCCUUUCAAGGAGCAAAUCCCACCCACUGUGACCAUGCAGUUCCCUGCCUCAGAGCAGAAUCACUUCAAGGCAACUAGCCAAGUUGCCACGAGACCUGGCAGAAGCUCCUUAUGUCACAUGUACUGCUUUGGUUUAUAUUCAUACCCAGGCUUGUAGAUGGUUGUGUCACCUUCAUAGAGGCCUUCCACCGCGCUCAGAACUCUGAUUUUUCUUUUUUUUCUGCCCAGAAACCUUUUUAAUCCAGGAAUAUUUUACCCCUAGUUAACAGGGGCUAUAUUAUACCAUGACUUUGAAUUCCUACAGCUCCUGUUGGAGUCACUUGUAUUGAAGAAUUAAGAUUGAUCCCUCCAGGACUCAUCAAUACUCUUGGAACAGAGAAGUUUCUAGAAAGAAGAGCAAUACAAACCUACUGCACAUCUGAAGAAGUUAAUCUUUUAGCUACUCAUCAUUCAUUCCUAUGGAGCCAGCACCUCGCAAAGCACUCUGGGAUCUGUCACCAAGUCUGUAGGAGCCAAGCUGGCCCUGUGCACAAGUGUCUGGGUGCAUACUGUGGGUCAGACUCUGUGUCGAGUAAAGGAACACACAGAUGGGAGCAGCAUUCUGCCUCCCACGGUCUACAUUUAGACUAGUGUGGACGCUUGUAUGCUCAUGCAUAUGAGAAACUCUUGUCCUUUGAGUGAAACCACCAUGCCUACCUCCAUUAGCGAAUCACUCGUUUUUCUUGCAUUUGCCUGUUGACCUGACUUGAACCUUGGCUUUAUUAGAUUUUUUUUUUUUCUUCUCAUGGUAGAAUUGAAGUUGUUGGACAAUUUGGGGCAAUCCUGCUGGAACUGACUGAGGUGUCAGAGUGAAUUUUUUAAAUUCCAUUUACCUGGUUUUGAAAAAAUCAAUUUCCUAAAACUGGACAUGGUAGAUACCUAAUGAAUGUAAUCCUAGCACUUGGGAAGCUGAGGCAGGAGGAUUGCCACAAGUUAAGAGAUUAGUCUGGGCUUAAUACUGAAUUCCAGGUCUCUAUAUCUCAACACCUUCUCCUUCCAGCCAAAAAAGUCAUCAGUCUUUGUGUUUCCCUGGCAACAGGGGAAGAGAAUCUUCAGAGGUCCAGCCACGGGGACUCCUGCCUGGGUACCAUUGUUGUGAAAUUCAUUAAUCAGGAGCCCAAGCCACAAGCUAAGUUUGCCUGUUAUUUCUCCCAAACCCUUCCCAUACACCUCUACUGCCUCUUAAGUGGGUACAGACCUGAGACCCGGAAGUAAACUGAGAAUGGAAAAGAGUUGGUCAGUUGUCCUUGCAAAUCUUUAAAUGAUCUGUGCCUUUCAGAUGUUCCAGUAGAGCAGACAGGUGACUGGCUGCGUGUUCAGGAGUGUGUUUUUAUAUCUGGACGGCUCUGACCAUUCCUAGUGGUUUUCAUGUCCUUUAUUUUUACUGCCUUAGAAUAAACCCUGACUCCAUGAGGCAUCCACUGAGGAAAGAGUUGCAGCAAACCCAGGUGUGCACUCAUGGCUUCUCACAGACACUGCUUCCACUUGCCUGCGGAAGUGUGGAGAGCUGUGUGUUGCGCUGGAUUAGUGAUGGAAGAAAGGCUAGAAGCUAGGCACAGUAGCGUACCGCUGCAAACAGGGCACUCGGGUGGUACAGAAAGAAGGAAUUCCAGGGCAGCCUAGACUGCACGACACACUGUCCCAAAAGAGAAAAUCCAUCCAGGGCUAAAGCCUGAAUGCCAGGCUGCACUUGCAAUCACUUAGUUGUGAUAGCCUUAAAAUUUGAAAGUCAGGGUUUGGGUGCACAAGGCAGCAGCAGAAGAUAUGCUUAGCUUGCACAAUGCCCUGGGGUCUGUCGUCAGUACACAAAAACAAUACAGUUAAAUCUAGAAGUCUUGACGGUAAUAUAAGAAUGACUAUUUUUUUAUGAUAUCAGGUACUUUUAACCCCAGAACUUGCGAGGCAAGGACAGGUGGAUCUCUGUGAGUUUGAAGCCAGCCUGUCUACAUAACAAGUUCCAGUCCAGCCAGUGAGUGAAACCCUGUCUUUAGAGGGGGGUAGGGGGCUAUUUUUCCCUCUUUUCUUCAUAGCAUUCUCCACCUGUUUCAAUAACAGGCACUGCGUCGGGGCCCAUAGCAGCGCCAUUUGAGGACUCCACCCCACCAGAAACCUGCCUUUCACUUCAGUAAAGGUUAAACAUUUUCUUUAGGAAUUUUCUUUCUCACAAUUAUUAUUUUUUAAUUUCCUGUAUAAUAGUGGAUACAAAAUUGUCUUUCUAUUAAAUAAGUAGUUUGACUAACGCACAUGGAACUUUGCAACCAAACUUCCCAAGCUUGCCGUCAGAUGAAGGCCUCCAAGGCACUUGCAGAAAGGAUGGUGAUGUUCAGGGAGCCCUUGCUUAAUGUCAUAGCUCCUCCCAGGUUGCAGCACAUACCUGUAGUCCCAGCUGCUUAGGAGGCUGGGGCAGAAAGACUGCUUGAGCCUGGGAUCUCAUGGCCAGCCUUGGCAACACAGAAGGACCCAUCUCUUGAUGAGAAACUUCAAAAUGCAAGGUCAACACCACCUCGGUAAUAGCUCUGCAAACUAUUCUUCCUUUGAUUACUGGAUUGCUCCAUCUAAUCAGUCAUUUUUUUCUCACAAGGUCCAAAUUAGAAUAAAAUGGAUUCUUUAUCUUAUAUAGUUUAAUCAUUUGUGAAGUGUGGGCUUAGGGCCUCUUUUUGUACUGAGUGGAAAGUCUAUCUACCAUCUUAGAAUAGACAGUGAAAAUGACCACAUGCAGACUGUUUUUCUUACAUAGUGAUUCGUGAAGGAAAGCUGACACAUGAUAACCCGUGAUGAGUUCUGAAGGAGGCGCUGGGAUGAUCCUGGAUUACAGGAUCAGUGUGUAAUGUAAAGAUUAGGUAUCUUUGUGGGAUGCCAUCCUGAAUGGAAAUCCAGAGAUGUUUGUCUUACAGGGAAUUAUGAGUGCUUAACGUCUGUGGAUCAGGAGCAGGUUCCCUGGGACCAUACUGUCACAACUUAAUAAUAAGGAAGAGGAGAACAUUGUCAACAAUGUACUGCACUCUCUUUGUUUUAGUGUCUGCUGUGUGUUUGUCACUUUGUAUAUUUCAUAGGAAACACCAGAGAUUCUGGACUUUUGACUCAGUAGACAGAAAUGAGCCAGAGUUUCCUUAGGCAACGCCUUAUGCUGUAUCAUAUACUAAUGAACUCCUAAAUGAUGUGCUAGGCUGGGAGCAUGGCUCAGAGAUGGAGCCGGUGGUGCACAAGAGAGGCCCUAGGUUCAGCCCUAUUAACUGACUAAUGAGCACUGUUUACAGAGUUAACUUAAGUGUGACCAAUUUCUUAGGCUUACAGUACAGUUCUUUAGCACCAAAACCUUGGUUGGAGUCAAAACAAAUGAAAUGAAAUAAUGAAGUGAGCCUCUGUGGCAUGCCAAGGCAAACGGAUUGCGAAUUCAAAUUUAUUCUAGCACAGGCAGCUUAGCAAGCUCUUACUAUCGAACUUUAAAGCAGCUUGGUUUAUAGUCAGGUGGGAGAGCACUUAGUUAGCACGUGUGACCACUGGGUUUUAUAAAACUGAAGUCCCGGGAAACAGUGCAAGAUGCUUCCAUCAUGUGAUGGUGAUCAGUCUCACCAGAGAAAGUGAGCAGAAGUUGGUGCUCAAAAGGAAAUUUCAGUUAAUACAGCCUGUUUUGUCCUGGCUUAUUUGUGGAGUUGAAGACCUAUGUACUGGCACAUGCCCUAGUGUGUGUGCAUAUGUGUGCGUGUGUGUGCGUGUGCGUGUGUGUGUGUGUGUGUGUGUGUGUGUAACAGUCUUCUACUCACUAACCCAUGGUAUGUCUCAGUUUCAUCUGGCAACUGAGUUCUUCUAAAUGGUUAAGAAAAUGCUGCCUUAGAGCCUGUUGUAUAUUUAUGUGUUGGAGUCUGUGCUUAUCAGUAUUUUCAGCUAGUCUUCAUUGUGCGUGAAAUAUUAGAGUGGUCUGAUGAUAAGAAAUUCUGUAUUUUUAUUCUGUAAAUUAGAAUAAUCAAAAAAUGUAUCAAAUUGUAUGAUAUAUGCAUUACUUCAAAUAGGAAAUGUAAAGUGGAAAACCAGGGACCAGGAGCUGCAGUGCCCUCCCCAGCAGUGAGUGGACAACUUCCAGUGGAGUCCAUUUGGGUCCCUCAGAUGUAGAGAUGGUGCCCUCUGUGGUGUCUUUGGCAUUCAAACUUUAGAACACAUCCCAGUCAACUCCAAAAUGGCUGCUAGUCACAGCAUUUCUCUCAGCAUCGAAGUCGUUAUGGUGAAAGGUAGUCUGCAGGAGUGCAGUGGUAGAGGCAGGAGCACCUGGCACUUCUCAUGGCUGCCAUUUCCCAGGCCUCCAGGAAACACUAGGGUUAUAAGUAGAAUCAUGUCAUUUUGAGUUUUUAGUUUUUGAACCAUAGCCUUUGUCAAUAUUUGUUUUGUUUUAACCACCAGAACACUUGAAAACUCAGUAAAAAUUUCAUUAAAGAAAAGCUUUCAAAAUGUUUAAGAAUAAAAAGUAGUGUCCAGUUAUAGAUGGUUCUGCCCUGUACCUGAGAGAUCUCCGUGCUCCCUAGCCCUGUUUCUGCUCUCCCUUAAUUAUUCCCCCAGCAUUCCCCUGACCAUUCUGACCAGACCAAUCAGUGGGUGCUCAACAGUCAUACUAACUCAUGGCUGUUUCCCUUGCUACUGCUGUAAAAUGUCUGUUUAGGACUCAGGCCAACCUUGACAAUCUAACAGUGAAAUGGAAUAGAGGACAGGGGAGGGUUGGUGGAACCCAGCCGUCCUCUGGAGAUGGGGGGCAGCUCUUUCCCUGAUCCUAUGUGGCUCUAAAACGAGCACAUAUGUGAAAGGGCCUUAGAAUAGCAAAAAUAGCCAAGUUUUGGCCAUGGGGACACACAUGCCUGUAUGGGGCGAGAGGUUCACUCUCAAUUCAAUGACUGUUGCCGGGCGGUGGUGUCUUACACCUUUAAUCCCAGCACUUGGGAUGCAGAGGCAGGCGGAUUUCUGAGUUUGAGGCCAGCUUGGUCUACAGAGUGAGUUCCAGAAACCCUGUCUCGAAAAAACGAAAAAAAAAGAAAUUCAAGGACUGUGUCUGGGCUGCAUAACAAGACCUUGUCUCAACACACACACACACAUACACACACACAGGCUAAAUAUUAACUACAUGUGACGUAGGCCAAAGUCUCUGUAAGUUGUAAUUUCAUAGGUCUUGUCAGGUGUAUUUCAGCAGUCUCUGGCUUCAGCAAGUGCGCCAUUAAUUCUGACUUGAUAGUGCCCAGUGAGCAUGGCCUGUGCUGCCUUGUGGUAGAACCAUGCGUAUAUACAUCAAAGGGAUCAGAUUCCUUUUGUCAAUUUUGGCAUUUCAGAAUGGAUUUUUAAACACCAGUCAAGGAUAGGUCAGUGUUGGCUGAUACCACAUGCUUAGACUGUGUGAGAACCCUUGUCCAGUCUCCAGCACCUUCACUUUGAGAGACAGUAAAAUCCUUUCCUUCAGAAGUGGUGAUCCUGCUGUGUUCUGCAAGUCUACCAAAGAUUCUUGUGAGGAGUUUCUCAGCGCCUGUGUGUGCAGACAUGUACCCUCCUGCUUCCUUCACGGUGUUAGCUCCAGCCCCUCCGCUUAGUCAUCUGCAGAGGGCUAAGACAGGACCGCAGGCAGCUGGCACAAGCAACUCUGUUCCCUUUGCCAAAACCUCCAAAGUUAGAAAUGAAGUUGUUUGCGUCUGUGGUGAGGGAAUUGACCAGCCAUUGCUUCAGCCUCCUUCCCGAGUAAGCACCUUCUUGGUGCCUGGGUAGCCCUGGGAGGACAGUGGUGACCUGCACCACAAAACCUGCAAGACAUUAUUUUGAAUGGAACAUUUGAUGUCAUUUUUAGGGAACAGAAACCAAAUAACAGAGGCCAAGGACCAUGCGUAUUUCAAGGAGGGAAGAUGAGCGCCCUCUGCUGGCAGUAUUUGUAGUUGAUUGAGUGAGGAGCUCUAAGCAGCCUGGAAGGAGUGCUGAGGUCAGCAGGCCUCAGGAAUCCUUAACAUGCAAACAAUCUUGAGGGGAAACCAGAAGGUCAUUCCUAGCAGUUACUGUAAUACCUCUCAUUGCAGGCUGUUGGGUUUCUGUCGUUCACUCGGUGUGAUUUAUCUUAUGUAUCUGAUAGUUUUUAUGGAUAAUUGUUUGGGUUGUAAACUCCUAUACUCUUUAUUAAAAUGAACCUAAUUAAGAGA